UGUGUGUGUGUAUCUAUGUGUGUGUGUGUAGAUCAGAGCCAUGCAGUGCAGAGUCUCAUCUGUUGCCCUGCUCCUUGAGUUCUGGGUGCUCUCUGCUUGUGCACUCCAUCAGUUUCAUCUGGUCACAACUUCUCUGAGUUGGCCUGCUGCCCAGAGCUACUGUAGAGAGCACUUUGUUGACCUGGCGACUGUAGACAGCAUGGAGAACCUGCAGCACAUGCUGAACCAGACAGGUCUCGUCACUGGUUAUGUUUGGACAGGACUGACUAGAGUCAGGAGUGUCAGCAGCUGGAAGUGGUCUCUUUCAGGCAGUCAGUUCUACAGAGAAGGAGAGACGGAGUACAGGAACUGGGCCCAGCCAGAGCCAAUCACAGGCCAGCCCUGCGCUGCACUGGUCAGCAAUGAAGCAGGAGUAUGGAGAGACUAUGCAUGUACAAAUGCUUACUCUUUUGUUUGUUUUAAUAGUGGUAAUGAUCCUGGCAAGCCAAAGUACAUCCUGGUUCUAGAUCCAAGAACUUGGAGAGACGCUCAGAUCUACUGCAGACAGAAUUACACAGACCUGGCCAGCAUCAGGAACCAGGCUGAAAACAUCGAGAUACAGCAACUUGUUCUGGGAGAGAAAUCAUCUGCCAUCGUCUGGAUCGGUCUGUUCAAAGACGACUGGAAGUGGUCAGACCAGUCUACCUCCUCCUUCAGAUACUGGGGGAGUGGCAAACCAGAUAAUGGCUAUGACUGUGAUGAGCAGGCCUAUACUAACAAGGGAAGCAUCACUAAGAAGUUAAUGGUGAGAGUGGAACUGGUUCCUAAUUCACCUUCGGACUUAGAGGAUCCUGCCAUGUUGGACUCCAUCUUGCAGAGAAUGAAGGCAGCUGGGAGGAUCCCAGAGCACAGCACGCUGAGAUGGAAGAAGCAGAAGGAUGGGAAGGUUUUCCACAAGAAGGAGGAGGAGGGAGGAAGAGGAGACACGUGUCAUUAA